CGCUCGGCGGUUUCAAAGUCUCCAUCGUAACAGACAACAUCCAAGGUGCCAUGGUCCUCGGCCUCAUCCUUCUAGGCAUCAUCGCCGUUGGUGUAGAAACGCACAUCGACCGCUCCUUGAUCGACCAAUCCGGAUUCCUCAAGCCCUCGCUCCUAGGCUGGCAGCUCAUUUACAUCCUCCCUGUCGCCAUUUUGACGAACGACUUCUUUUUGUCUGGAUUCUGGAUGCGCACAUUCGCCUCGCGCACAGACAAAGACCUCUGGAUUGGUGUCUCUCUCGCCAGUGUUGGUGUCCUCAUCAUUCUCACUCUGCUCGGCGUAGGUGGCAUGCUAGCUGUAUGGUCUGGUGCUUUCAAGACUGGUGAUGACGUCUCUCUCUCCUUCUUCGCCCUGCUAAGCACACUUCCGACGUGGGUUAUCGGCGUCAUUCUCGUCAUGGCCGUUUCCCUUUCCACUGCUGCAUUCGACUCUCAUCAGUCCGCCAUGAUCAGCACUGCCAGCAACGACUUGUUCCGCAACAAGCUCAACAUCUGGAUCAUCCGCGCUCUCGUUGUUGCUAUCAUCUUCCCCGUUGUAGUCGUGGCGUUGCGCGCUCCGGAUAUCUUGCAGAUCUUCCUGAUCAGCGAUCUUGUCAGCGCUGCGGUUGUGCCGUGUCUGGUCAUCGGGUUGAGUGAGAGGUUCUACUGGUACCGCGGUUUCGACUUUGUGGUCGGCGCAUUGGGAGGCAUCUUCACCAUCUUCCUGUUCGGCCUGGUCUUCUACGAUGGCGAUGCGAACAAGGCCAGUAAACUACUCAUCGUCGAAACUCUAUACGCUAAUGAUUGGAGCGUGUUUGGCGCGUUCAUGGCCGCCCCCUUUGGAGGCUUGCUCUGGGCUUUCGGUGCCUGCGGUCUGCGCAUAGGUUUCCUUUUCGUGUGGGCAAAGGUCAAGGGCCAUCGUUUCACCGCGCUUGAUCGGCCUAUUCCUCGGCAGAUUGCCCGCCCUGGUGCGUUUGAUGAGCACGAGAACGAUGCAGUGCUUGAGCACAGUGUUGCAGCGGGAGGGAAGGGCAAGUUCUUUUAGAGAUCUGAACUAUAGAAGCGUAUAGAAGGUGGGCACGCAUGAUUUGGCGGUGGGAGAGAUCUCGUGUGGAUAGAUGGGGGGAG